AUGCAAUUUUACUAGUCUUUAAAACCCAAUCAACUUCAACGACCAGACUUCAUAACCUCGCCCAAAUACCCGAACAGAAAACCCUAACCUCUGCGAAAACGAAGAAAUAAACCCUAAUAUCCGAGGAUGUCGUACGAUGACGUGGAGAUUGAGGACAUGGAGUGGAACAAUGAGCUUCAAGCUUUCACAUAUCCUUGUCCAUGCGGUGACUUGUUUCAGAUCACAAAGGAAGAGUUGAAGAUUGGUGAAGAAAUCGCUCGAUGCCCUAGUUGUUCCCUUUAUAUUACUGUUAUUUAUAAUCUCGAAGAUUUCCUCGGAGAAUCCAAGAAACAUGUUGAGCCUUCGAAACAACAGCCUGUUGCUGUCGCUUGAGAACCUUAAAGUUUCCAUUUUUUUUCCCUUUUCCCGAUAUAGGUUUUUUUUCAUAAUCAAUUUAAGAUUUUGGUAUUAUAUUGUAAUAUGUAGUGAUUCGAGCUGGCAAAGCUUUGACUCUGAGAGUGAGAGUUGGUGUCAAUCUCACGCCUUGUCAUACUUGCCUGAAAUUUUGAUGUAUUCUUAAAGAAGAAUUACUGGUUUUGUUUGAAGUUUGGCAUCUUUGGAUUAUGAAUUAUAUUAGCAUUGCAAUAAAUUAGUACGUGGUUAUGU